AUGAACUUGUAUGGAAAUGACUGUUUUUCACUGCGUUAUUCUAUGCCUUCAGAAGAUGAUAUUCUGAUUAAGAAGCUCCUGUUGACACAUGAUCCUGAUGGUCGUCACCUAGAUUCUGAGCUACUGUUUCGUGCAAUGGAGAAUGUCCUAUGUUAUGCUGCUACAUCCAAAAUCUGUGGUUUCCAUAUUGAUGCCAUUGCGAAGGAUGAUAUAAGCGACAUUGAGGUGGUUGGAUCGCAAGAAACGCUGGCACAGAUCAUCUACAAAAUUAAGAUUGAGAUGCUUCGCAAACAUUCUGACAAGGAGAACCUGUAUACACGGACGAUGAUCUUGUUUGACUUACUUGGAAAUUAUAGAUGGGAUGUCAAAGUGGUAUUAAUACUUGCAGCAUUUGCAACAACCUAUGGUGAAUUUUGCCUCAUAAUGCAGCUAUACCCUAAUAACACCUUCGCAGAAUCAGUCGCCUUGCUGAAGCACCUACCUAGCAACAUAAGCCCAUGGAAUCCUCAAUUUAAGGCCUUGAGCUUGUUAGUCAAGACAAUGAUGGAUGUUACCAAGUGCACAAUAGAGUUUGAAGGGCUUCCAUUUAGAUAUGCGCAGCUGGAUGAUGAAAUAAUGUCCAUUACAAAGUCUUGCAUCUACAUAGCUGCUUACUGGGUCACAAGAAGCACAUUGGCAUGCUCUUCUCAAAUCAGAGACUUGAAAGCUAUGAAACCUGAGCAAGAUGUCCAUCCUGAUAACCAAGAGGUACUAGGAAUAUUAUUGGCUUCAAAGGAUGACUUACCUCUCAAGAAUUCUUCCGCACAAGCAAAGCUAGGUGUAUCUGAAGUGAAAGACAAGGUAGUUUUACUUUUGGUUUCAAAGGCAGAGCUGCUUCCACUAGAGGGAUUGCUUCUGCUGGUUGGGAGAACAUAUGAUCAUCCUUACCACAAGAAGUUAGAGCGAAGUUAUGAAAUUGUUUGGAUUUCAAUUUCUGAUACAUGGACUGAUGCUGAAAGGGAAAUAUUCAAUUUUUUGUCAAACUCUUUGCCAUGGUACUCAGUCCGACAACCGUGGGUACUCAACUCAGCUAUUGUGAACUACAUAAAACAAGAAUGGGACUACAAAAAUGUCCCACUUAUUGUAGUAUUGGAUCCACAAGGUAUGGUCAGAAAUUUGAACGCAAUGGAUAUGGUAUUAAUCUGGGGUGCCAGAGCAUACCCCUUCUCAUCUUCAAAAGAGAAGGAACUCUGGGAAGAAGAGAAUUGGACCCUGCAACUUUUGCUUGAUGAAAUUGACCCUCUACUAACUGCCUGGGUAGAAGAAGGCAGAAAUGUUUGCAUUUAUGGAAGUGACAACCUUGACUGGAUCAAGAAAUUCAAUGCCACAUUGAAAGUAAUGAGAAAUGCUGGUGUGCAGCUUGAAAUGGUGUAUGUUGGCUGUGAGGACCGCAGUGAACAAGUAAGACACACGUUAGCUGUUGUCGAUGAAGAGCUGCACACUAGUUUAUUCUCUUUCACAAAACUUCAUUUCUUUUGGCUUCGGUUGGAGAGUAUCAGAAGAUCAAAACUCCGAUUGGGACAAACAAUCCAAUCUGAUCAUAUCUUGAAAGACGUGUCAGCACUGCUAGAUACAACCGAGGAAGGGUGGGCACUAAUCGGAAGAGGGAAUACCGCAGAUAUCAUAAAACUUUCGGCUAGUGAAGCAAUAGAAUGCUUUGAUAAGUAUCCAGAAUGGGGAGAGAACGUGACGAACUUAGGAUUCGUUUCAGCACUUAGAGCUGCCCUUGAUCUAUCUCCUCCUCCAGGGCCUUGCAAUCAUUCGAAAAUUGUUCCUUAUGCAGAAGGACUAAUAGAAGGAACUGUACUCUGUGAUAAGUGUAAGCGUCCGAUGAAGAAGUAUGCUGUCUAUGAGUGA